AUGAACAGUGCCGGAUCCGUCAAAUUCGAAACCGAUGGAAAGCGACCAUCCAAUAACAAGAACGGCGAUUGGACUUGUCCGGAGCCCGAUUGUAAGAACCUAAAUUUUGCCCGACGGAACCAGUGUAAUCGGUGCGGGAAGGAGCGUCCGAACAGUGGUUCCAAAAAUGGGUCUACGGCUAGCGACUCGGACGGUGGCGGCAGCAGUAGCGCUGGAGGGAAAAAGAAAGUUGGCACAGAGAUUGGCAAGGCGGCUGCUGAGAAAUCGCGCGGACUGUUCAGCGCCGAAGACUGGCAAUGCAAUAAAUGCGCUAACGUGAAUUGGGCUCGACGGCACACAUGCAACAUCUGCAGCGCUCCACGGUUUUGCGACGUGGAAGAGCGAACCGGAUACGGAGGGGGAUACAAUGAUCGUGGCGUGGUCGAAUACAAGGAUCGCGUUGAAUCGGACGAUGAGUACGAUGAGUUUGGACGGCGAAAGAAAUCAAAGGGCAAACCGAAUGAUCAAGGCAACAGUCGUCCAGCACAAAGGCGCCGAAGUACGGAUUCGGAGGAGGAGAUUGAGCAAAGAAAAACUACCCGUCGAGAGCCGCAGAAACGUAAGCAAACAGAGGACGAAUUAUCCGAUAAAGGCAACGAAGACGAUGACGAAGAGGAAGACGACGAUGAAGACGAGGACAAUGAGGACCUUUCCAAGUACGAUCUAUGGGGAUCCGAUGAGGAGAUUGCUGCCAAACCGGCCCCUAAACCAACCAACGCCUCCUCCAACCACAAACAAGCUGCUCAUCGUCAUCGUUCACGAUCAAACUCCCGCUCAAAGUCUCCCGGUGUUGAUCGCAGACGCCGUUCGAGUGAUCAACGUUCAUCAUCCAAAUCGACCGCCUCAUCGACUAGUCACGGACGGUCCGACACAAAACGCUCGAGCGCGUCCCGUCGGCAUGGUCGGUCCGGUUCGCGGUCGUACUCACGCUCCCGGUCACGCUCACGAUCGCGAUCACCCCGAUCCUAUCGACGCAAUAAGGACCGAAGACGUUAA